AUGAUCGCAGAUCAGAGCUCCUCUUCAAAGGAAAAGACAGAACAUGUCUCCAUCUUCUCAUCCCAACCACCCAUCUUCAUUUUGCCAAUGCAUCUCUCCCUGGAGGAGCUGGAUGAGAUUGAAGGCCGAUUGGUAGACUAUGGUGGUAACCUGACUUACGAUAUCGCCGAAGCUAGCCUUGUUUUGGGGAAAGUCGGGCGCGCGAAGCGUGCGGCGCUGGAACUGCGGACCCGCGGUGUCUGGACAGAGGAACUUAUACCAAACUCAGCUUCGAGAACAAUUGGCGGUGGCGUCGAGCCCCCUCACAAGCGCAGGCGCACAGAUCAGUACGAUGGGACCAAGGAUGUCCCGGUUGAGAUUAUUGAUUUCAGUACUGAGUCUGAGGGCGAGGAUGGAGCUACGAAUCGAGAUGUCACUUCAAAUCACCUGAUUCCAGAGCAGAAGGUAGAGGUAAUUAAAAAUUCAAUCACAGUCUUGAAGCUCGAGUGGCUGGAUACCUCUAUCACAUCCGGCGAAUGUGUGUCCCAAGACCCAUUCGUUGUCUACCGUGGGCGAAAGAUCCCCUCUCCCCCUCCCACGACAAAGGCAGAAAAUAAGCAAAACCUCCUUCAACAAAAACCAAAUCAAAUCAUGCAGCGUGCAAAGCAAGAUGCUGGUUUACCAACACCACGAACUCCCCCUCCAGACUACACCCACACACGGCGCUCAAAAGAACCCCCCGACGGAUCUUCCCAGCGCUCCCGACCAACUCUAUAUCGACAAACAACCUCGGAACACGAGAGAGAGGAAACCAACACACCCCCACAACCAAACUGGGUCCGUGACCAUGUCGCAUUUGCAUGCCUGCGUUCAACACCCCUGCACCCUCCAAACGAAGACUUUAUCUCGCAACUCGUGAAAAUCAGGCAAAUCCGCGAACUCACCCUCGACGAGAUCGGCGUGCGUGCAUAUAGCACCUCCAUCGCAUCAAUCGCAGCAUACCCACACCCCAUCCAGCGGCCGAGCGAGAUCCUCGCUUUACCAGGGUGCAACGCCAAGAUCGCAGAGUUGUUCUCUCAGUUCCAGCAGCACGGAGGCUGCAACCAUACUGACGACGACGGGAACGUUGCCGCUGCCGAUGCACUGGAGACAGAUCCCAUGCUCCGAGUUCUGAACUCGUUCUAUCAAAUCUGGGGCGUUGGAGCGAAGACCGCGCGCGAGUUCUACCAGCGCGGGUGGCGCGAUCUGGACGAUAUCGUCGAGCAUGGGUGGAACACGCUCUCGCGCGUGCAGCAGAUUGGAGUGAAAUACUACGAGGAGUUCCAGGAGGGUGUCCCCCGUGCUGAGAGUGAGGGUAUUGCCAAUGUUAUUCGGGACCAUGCUGGACGGGUUCGGGCGGGAGAUGGAAAUGGAAGUGGAAUUGAGUGUGUGAUUGUUGGCGGAUACCGUCGUGGGAAGGAACUCAGUGGUGAUGUUGAUAUUGUAUUGAGUCAUCGUGAUGAUGCGGUGACUCGGAAUCUGGUUGUUGAUGUUGUUGCGAGUCUUGAGGCUGAGCAUUAUGUCACCCAUACGCUCUCUUUGCAUUUGACUUCUUCGCUGCGUGAGCAACAGACGUUGCCUUUUCAUGCUGAUGAUACGAAGAAGGGAUUUGAUACUUUGGAUAAGGCGUUGGUUGUCUGGCAGGACCCGCAUUUUGAUGAGACUGUUGGACAUGGUGAGCAUGAGGGGAAGAAUCCAAAUAUCCAUCGUCGUGUCGAUAUCAUUAUAUCGCCUUGGCGCACGGUUGGUUGUGCGAUACUUGGCUGGUCUGGUGAUACUACUUUUCAGCGAGAUCUACGGCGGCAUGCGAAGAAAGCACGCUCGUUGAAGUUUGAUUCGAGUGGUAUCAGAGAUCGAAAUACUGGAAGACAGGUUGACCUGGAACAUGACGGAAAGACCUGGGAGGAGAGGGAGAGACUUGUGAUGGAGGGACUUGGGGUAGGCUGGAGACCACCUGAAGAACGGUGCACGAGGUAG